AUGUCUUACCCAAGCUACGUCAACAAUGAGCCCCCAACUAUCACCCUAAAGGAAUAUGAUACUGCUCCAUGGGCAGGAACCACGUGCGUUGACAGAACAAAGGAAGGUUUUGUCAUUGUUGUUAUGGAGGACCCAAAGCACGUCGUUGCCAAAGUGCAUCCUGAUGACACCGAAAACUUGAACACUAUCUUCAAGAGUGCUCAUGAAAAAUUUUCAGAUCAGUUGGUCGAGCACAAAGGAGAUGUCCCUCGUAAAUAG